AUGGCAGACAAGGAGGAGAAAACCAACAUAACGGCACCCGACCCACAAGCCGCUGCUGUUGAGCCCAUCACUCCCAAGGAGCCCGAAGAUGCCGCCUAUGUCAUCGACAUUGAUGGCACUGACGAGAAGAAUGAAAGUUCCGAUGUCGAUGAGAAGACUGCAAGGCCAGAGCUGAAAGCGACAAAAAGCCAUGCCACUGACACGAGUGUUGCUACCACGACCGCAAACCGACAACCUGAGAGCAAGCCAUGGUACAAGACGCCAAAUCCACUAAGAUGGGGCGGUGUCCCCCCAGUUCCAGAGGAGAGAAUCGUAUCCAGAGAACACAAGGCCGGCUUCUUCAGCCAACUGACCUUUCAGUGGAUGGCACCAUUGAUGAGUACAGGGUACAAGCGACAGCUUGAACCCAAUGACAUCUGGACCGUCAACCCGGACAGAGCCGCAGAUGUCAUGACUGACAAGCUGAAGGCUGCCUUCCAAAAACGCGUCGACAAAGGAGACAAGUACCCUUUGCUAUGGGCCUUGCAUGAAACUUACUUCUUCGAGUUUUGGCUCGGAGGCUUUCUCCAGCUGAUGUCCACCAUCUUCCAGGUCAUGUCACCUUUUACGCUGCGGUAUCUGAUCCAAUUCGCCAACGACGCUUGGGAUGCUGCAAACCAAGGACAGCCACCCCCAGCCAUAGGCAAAGGUAUCGGUUUGGUUCUUGGUGUUACCGUGAUGCAGAUUCUGCAGAGUCUGGGAACGAAUCAUUUCAUCUACCGUGGUAUGAUGAUCGGUGGACAAUCCAGAGCCGUUCUCAUCAGCGCCAUUUUUGAAAAGUCCAUGUCGCUGUCUGGUCGUGCCAAGGCCGGCGGCCUGAAAGAGGGUGCCAAAUCACAGACUGACGACAAGGGAAAGAAAAAGGAGAAGAAGGGAAAGAAGGGAGACGCCAAAGGGCCUGCCAUCUCGGGCGACGGCACCGGCUGGGGUAACGGACGAAUUGUCAACCUCAUGAGCGUCGACACGUACCGCAUCGACCAAGCCUGCGCUCUGUUCCAUCUUACCUGGACUGCCCCUAUCUCCUGCGUCAUCACAUUGGUUGUCCUGUGCAUCAACUUGAGCUACAGCGCACUUGCUGGAUUUGCGCUCCUCGUCGCUGGCAUUCCGCUGCUGACCAGAUCCAUCAGAAGCUUGUUCAAACGGCGAAAGGCCAUCAACAAGACCACCGACCAGCGAGUCAGCUUGACACAGGAGAUUCUGCAGUCAGUCCGGUUUGUGAAAUACUUUGGCUGGGAGAGCGCGUUUCUCGAACGCCUGAAGGAGAUUCGAAGCAGAGAAAUCCACGCCAUCCAGAUCUUGCUGGCCAUCCGAAACGCCAUCAAUGCUGUCAGUUUGUCGCUGCCUAUCUUCGCCUCCAUGCUCUCCUUCAUCACGUAUGCAAAGACCAAUAACGCACUCAACCCGGCCGAGGUCUUUUCGUCCCUUGCGUUGUUCAAUGGCCUUCGUAUCCCACUGAACCUGCUUCCUCUGGUUCUCGGCCAGGUCGUCGAUGCCUGGUCAUCCCUAAAGCGUAUCCAAGAGUUUCUGCUGGCUGAAGAACAAGAGGAGGAAGUGGUUUACAAGCCAGAGGGGGAAAACGCAUUGGAGAUGCACAAUGGCGGCUUUACCUGGGAGCGAACGCCGACGCAAGAAUCGGAGAAGACUAUAGGCGGAAAGGGGGGAAAGAAGGCACCUGCUCAGCCCGCAGCGGCAAAGAAGACCGAAGAGCCGGUCACUUCCUCUGGGGAUAGCACUGGAGAUGGCGCCAGCACACUUGUGGAGGAAGAACGCGAACCCUUCAAGCUGCAGGACCUCAAUUUUGAGAUCAAGAGAGAUGAGCUGGUAGCAGUUAUCGGUUCCGUCGGGAGCGGAAAGACCUCGCUGCUAGCUGCACUUGCAGGCGACAUGAGAAAGACAUCCGGCGAGGUCGUGCUUGGUGCGUCUAGGGCUUUCUGUCCUCAAUAUGCUUGGAUCCAGAACGCCUCGGUUCGGGAUAACAUCCUCUUUGGCAAAGAUAUGGACAAGGCCUGGUACCAAGAGGUCAUCAACGCGUGUGCCCUUCGACCUGAUAUGGCCAUGCUUCCCAACGGCGAUCUGACUGAAAUCGGUGAAAGAGGCAUUACCAUUUCUGGUGGUCAAAAGCAGCGUCUCAACAUCGCCAGAGCCAUCUACUUCGAUGCGGAUGUCGUGCUGAUGGACGACCCUUUGUCGGCCGUCGACGCGCAUGUUGGACGUCACAUCUUCGACAAUGCUAUUCUUGGUCUCCUGAAGGGCAAAUGCAGAGUCCUGGCGACUCAUCAGCUGUGGGUUCUAAACCGAUGUGACAGGGUCAUCUGGAUGGAGGGUGGCAAGAUCCAGGCUAUCGAUACGUUUGACAAUCUGAUGAGGGAUCACCGUGGGUUCCAGCAACUACUGGAGACGACCGCCGUUGAGGAGAAGGAGGACGAUGCCCCGCCCACCAACUUGACCGAGGCCCCCGCAGCCGAUAAGAAGAAGAACAAGAAGGGUGCUGCGCUCAUGCAGCAAGAAGAGCGAGCAGUGUCGAGCGUUCCCUGGAAGGUGUACACCGACUACAUCCGCGCUUCCGGAAGCAUUCUCAACGCCCCCUUCCUGGUCUUCUUGUUGCUCCUCUCGCAGGGUGCCAACCUUAUGACGAGUUUGUGGUUGUCGUACUGGACCAGCAAGAAGUACCCGCUCUCGGACGCACAGUAUAUCGGCGUGUAUGCCGGCCUUGGUGCGGUCCAGGCCUUGCUGAUGUUUAUCUUCUCCCUGCUCCUAUCCAUCCUGGGCACGAACUCGAGCAGAGUCAUGCUUCGUCAGGCAGUCACCAGGGUCCUUCGCGCGCCGAUGUCGUUUUUUGAUACCACUCCGCUUGGCCGCAUCACGAACCGGUUUUCGAGGGAUGUGGACGUAAUGGACAACAACCUCACGGAUGCCAUGAGAAUGUACUUCUUCACGCUGGCCAUGAUCAUAUCCGUUUUUGCCCUCAUCAUCGCCUUCUUCCACUAUUUUGCCAUCGCUCUCGGACCUCUCUUCGUCUUCUUUAUCCUCGCCGCUUCCUACUAUCGUGCAUCGGCGCGCGAGGUCAAACGGUUCGAGUCGGUCCUCCGCUCAACUGUGUUCGCCAAGUUCGGCGAGGGUCUGAGUGGUGUAGCCAGCAUUCGAGCAUACGGCCUCAAAUCCCACUUCAUCGCCGACCUACGCAAGUCGAUUGACGAGAUGAACGCGGCGUACUAUCUCACGUUUUCCAACCAACGUUGGCUUUCGACCCGCCUCGAUCUCAUCGGCAACCUUCUCGUCUUCACCGUCGGCAUCCUCGUCGUGACAUCCCGCUUCAGCGUGCCGCCAAGUAUCGGAGGCCUCGUGCUCAGCUACAUCCUGGGCAUUGUGCAGAUGAUUCAGUUCACUGUCCGCCAGCUCGCUGAAGUUGAAAACGGCAUGAACGCCGUCGAGCGCAUCCAAUACUAUGGCACCCAGCUUGAAGAGGAGGCGCCACUUCACACCAUCGAAGUGCGUCCGUCAUGGCCAGAGAAGGGUGAGAUCGUCUUCGAUAAUGUCGAAAUGCGCUACCGCGCCAACCUCCCCCUUGUCCUGUCGGGCCUGUCGAUCCACGUCCGGGGCGGCGAGCGCAUCGGCAUCGUCGGCCGUACCGGCGCAGGCAAGUCCUCCAUUAUGUCGACCCUCUUCCGCCUCGUCGAGCUUUCAGGGGGUCACAUCACCAUCGAUGGCGUCGACAUCUCCACCAUCGGCCUCCACGACCUCCGUUCCCGCCUCGCCAUCAUUCCCCAGGACCCGACGCUGUUCCGCGGCACCGUCCGCUCCAAUCUCGACCCCUUCAGCGAGCACACCGACCUCGAGCUCUGGUCCGCACUUCGUCAAGCAGACCUCGUCCCGGCGGGUGCGAACCUCGGCGAUCCGCGCUCCAAGGACCCGGCCCGGAUUCAUCUCGACUCCGUCGUCGAGGAGGACGGCCUCAACUUCUCCCUCGGCCAGCGCCAGCUCAUGGCUCUCGCGCGCGCCCUCGUCCGCGGCAGCCGCAUCAUCGUCUGCGAUGAAGCGACGUCGUCGGUUGACAUGGAGACGGACGACAAGAUCCAGAACACCAUCGCCACAUCCUUCCGCGGCAGGACGCUCCUCUGCAUCGCGCAUCGUCUGCGCACGAUCAUUGGCUACGACCGCAUCUGCGUCAUGGACGCAGGUCGCAUCGCCGAGCUCGACACCCCGCUGGCGCUGUGGCAACGCGAGGGUGGCAUCUUUAGAGGCAUGUGCGACCGCAGCGGCAUCAGACUUGAGGACAUCCGCGGCGCGAGCGAGGAGAUGGGGUCCAAGGACCAGGCGGGCGAGUCGAGUCGCCAGAUUUGA